CCCACAAUUCUUUGUGGCAGCAAUAUCUAAUAAUGAUUAUAAUUUGUAUUAUUAAGAUUCAUAUCGUGCCUUUCAAGGUACCCCAAUGACGCUUUACAAAGUUAGAAACAUUCAAAGUUGUCCAGAGAUGUGGCUUUUUGGAUCUCUGCUGGAGAGAGUUCCACAAGGUGGGGGCUGCCACCCUGCAUGUCCUGUUACCAUAGGCUCUCAGGUUGGUACGAGGAAUAGGAAGCAGAUCCGAAUCUGUGGACCAUGAGGAAAGGGUGGAGGAAAGGCACUGGAGGGGUACGGAGGGAUUUAUGUGUGAGGAGGAGGAGAUAAUUACAUAGUCGAGUGUAAGUGCAGUCGGAUUCUCUUUGCAAUGCGCUGCUAUGAAAGACGUCCUUAUGAAUUCUCCUUCAGAACCUUCCUCAGCCUCAUUAGCAUGUACAUCAAUGAAAUUGAAUGAAUGGUCAGGAAAGAACUUCUUCUUUUACCUUUCAGCUGCAUCAACCAGGGACAGUGUACAGAUGAGUGGACUGAUUUAACGUUCAGUGUUCCUGCUGUCCCUUAGAUGGCGCCAUAUCUCACCGUCAGUCCCCUUUUACAUGAAGUGUAAAGAGAGAAACAAACAGCGAGUUACAUGUACAUGGAGGUUAUAUGGAAAGAACUGUUAUCUGUGUCAUACUACAGUCUUGAAAUCAUUAUUGUAACUUCAUCAGAUUCCAUAACUCUGAAUGCAGUUUAUUCUGUCCUCUGGAAAACAACAGCUAUCAAGUGCAAAUACCCGCAAAGUACACUAAAUUAUACAUUAUUCAGUUAGCACAUGUUAAUGAGCAAAACAGAGCUCAUAUAACUAAAUGUCAAAUAAAUACAAGUUUGAGGGAUUCAAGAGUCACAACUGACGUCAAACUUUGUUUUGUGUUUGGUCUUUAAACUCAGCUUCAUGCGGGUGUGCAGCAGAAGGAGCAAGUUCAUUAAAGUUCAUCUCCUUUAGAAUCAUACUGAAUGUUUAACACACACUAACAUCCUAUUAGAAAUAGUAAAUCCUUCGGAAGUUUGACAACCUACAUUAAAUGUUACGGCUGUAGGCAGUGUCUGUCUGGUCUGAACAGGUCUGGUUGCCCUCGGUCGUCUGAUUCUACUGUCAGAUAGACACACGUGAAUAAUGGUCUGUCAUGUGGGCAGCUCCACUACCUCAGUCUCAAAUCUGCUCAGACAUUAACACUCAACAGACUAAUGAUUCAAAAGUAUUCAUUGUAUUUUGGUCUAAUUAGCUCAUAGUUAAGAAAAAGGCCACAGCGGAAGUUUAACUGAAAGGGGACAAGGUAGCUGCUGUUGGUGUAUUGUUAGCUGACUGUUUCUCAAGAGGCGGGGAAACAGUCCUCCGCUGAGUGACGGGCCAAAGAACUAUUGGUGCCAGAGACGACUUCAGAGCUGAUGUUAAAUGUUCCCGUGUCGUCCUCUGCGGUGUCUCCUUCCCAGUUGUCUUGUUCCCCUGAUCUACUGUAGUAGCCGACAGCAUGAGGAGAAAUAACUCGUCGAAAAUCUUCAACUUCACCGAGAGACUGUGGGACUCUUGGGAGCAGACCUCCUGCACUGAGGCUGUCCAGGAGCCUGAUGCCAGAUGUGCUGUGAGGAGGCUCUUCUCAGGCACUCUGCAGCUGCCCAGGCUUUCCUCCAGAACCCCCACCCUGGACAGACCUGAGGAUGGCCACCAGUCCCGCCUCUUGGCCUGCAAGAUCAAACCUUCCAGGAGCCUGGGGACUCUGACAACCUUUUUUGAUGUGGAAAAUGGAUUAUCGGUGGGCCGUAGCCCCCUGGACCCCCAGGCCAGCCCUGGCACUGGGAUGGUUAUACAGGCCAACUUUCCCCACAGCCAGCGGAGGGAAUCCUUCCUCUACCGCUCCGACUCCGAUUUUGACCUUUCACCCAAAGGUCCCUCCAGAAACUCCUCCACUGCCAGUGACCUGGAGGAAAGCUUGAAGCACUGGGAGGUCAACUGGUUGUCAACUCGACACACAGAAGACAUGAUCGUUACACCAUUUGCACAGGUCCUCGCCAGCCUGAGGACAGUCCGAGGUAACUUUGCCAUUAUAACGGACCAGCAAGAUCGCCCAGCAAGCAAGACGCGAUCCUCAGGCAACAACCCACCAUCCAUGUGCAAGACCAGCCUUGCAGAGGAGCCUCACCAGCAGCUGGCCAUAGAGACUCUGGAUGAGCUGGACUGGUGUCUGGAACAGCUGGAGACGCUGAAAACGCGACACUCUGUCAGCGAGAUGGCUUCAAACAAGUUCAAGAGGAUGCUGAACCGAGAGCUCACCCAGCUGUCGGAAACCAGCCGGUCAGGGAACCAGGUGUCUGAGUUCAUCUCCAGCACCUUCCUUGAGAAGCAACAUGACAUGGACAUCAUGUCCAACCCCACCAAGGAGAAGGACAACAAUAAGCGGCCCAUGUCCCAGAUCAGCGGCGUGAAGAAGGCCACCCACAGCCCCAGCCUCGCCCCCUCUACCAUCCCACGCUUUGGGGUCAACACCGGCCAGGAGGCACUCCUCAGCAAGGAGAUGGAGGACGUAAACAGAUGGGGCAUCGACAUAUUUAGGGUCUCCGAGUAUUCAGGGAAUCGAGCGCUGACGGUCAGCAUGUACACCAUCUUCCAGGAACGCGACCUGCUCAAGUCCUUCAAGAUUCCUGCCGACACUUUCAUCACUUUCAUGAUGACUUUGGAAGAUCACUAUCACGCGGAUGUGGCAUACCACAACAGCAUCCACGCUGCCGACGUGGUCCAGUCCACACACGUCUUGCUGUCCACACCUGCCCUGGAGGCCGUUUUUACUGAUCUGGAGAUCCUCGCCGCCCUGUUUGCCAGUGCCAUCCACGAUGUGGAUCACCCUGGAGUUUCUAAUCAGUUUCUCAUCAACACCAACUCGGAGCUGGCCCUGAUGUACAACGACUCGUCGGUGCUGGAGAAUCACCAUCUGGCAGUCGGCUUCAAGCUUGCGCAGGAGGAAAACUGUGACAUCUUCCAGAACCUCAGCAAAAAACAGAGACAGUCAUUGCGCAAAAUGGUCAUUGACAUGGUGCUGGCAACAGAUAUGUCUAAACACAUGAACCUACUAGCAGACCUGAAAACUAUGGUGGAGACAAAGAAAGUCACCAGUCUCGGAGUCCUGCUCCUGGACAAUUAUUCAGACCGCAUACAGGUUCUUCAGAACAUGGUGCACUGUGCAGACCUGAGUAACCCCACCAAGCCUCUUGAGUUGUACCGACAGUGGACGGACCGCAUCAUGGUGGAGUUCUUCACCCAGGGGGACAGGGAGAGGGACAAGGGCAUGGAGGUCAGCCCCAUGUGUGACAAACACAAUGCCUCCAUAGAGAAGAACCAGGUGGGUUUCAUUGACUACAUAGUUCAUCCAUUAUGGGAGACGUGGGCUGACCUCGUCCACCCAGAUGCUCAGGAGAUCCUGGACACUCUAGAGGAUAACAGAGAGUGGUACCAGAGCAUGAUCCCCCACAGCCCUUCACCCGAAAGAGAGGCCCAGGAGGAGGAGGAGACCCUCCCUGGAGAAGCUUCAGCACUCAGUUCCGCCGUUAUCGAUAAGUUCCAAUUCGAGUUGACCUUGGAAGAAGAAGGAGAGUCCGACACAGAGAGUCCGCCUGAGGAGGAGGAGAGCUGCGAUCGCAGGAGGGCGUCUCCACUUUCCAGAACUGGAUCUGGCAGCAGAUUUGAUGCCAAGACUCGCCGGUUCCCCAAAAUGCUCACCACUGAUUCAGACAGGACGUUUUCUAUAGAAUCUGAUAAAGAUAUGGCAGAAGAACGAGAAACAGACCAGGAAGACAUCUCUGGGGUACCACCCGUCAGACUCGGCACAUAGCACAACCCAUUUGUUUUUCUUUGGAGCCUUUUUUGUUUGUUUUUCUUGAAUUCGGUGCCUCAUCCUCUGUCACUCCCCCUUCUCCCACUCCGACCAAACACCACCACCUCUGGUUUCCGUGGGACAAAGGGCAACAGCCUCUUGGGGGUGUGGAGUACGGAAGUGCACACAGCUGUGGGAGGUGCUGAGAGAAAGCCUGCAGUUCUACACAGCAGUCACUUGCACUGGAGAGCGACAGAUAGACUCAGAGAGGACGGGGAGUCAACUUUCUGAAAGGUCCUUUUGCGUUCUGUGUCCUUCAGUCAGACUUACAGAAACUCUGAGAAGUUUAUUAAAAGAAAACUUCCCUUUCUACCAGCCGACCUAAGGUCUUCUACUGCCAACGACAGCCCUGUCUUCCUCUUUUGGAGUACUUGUGAAAAAGUGAUGAAUGAUUGUGAAAACACGCAAACAAUGUCUUCUAAGACUCUUGCCAAACUUGCAAUUUACGGGGACAAUGCUGUUUUACCUGCCUUUUGGUUUUCUGUUGGUUCAUUCUGUUAUUUAGGUCCAUACACCAUGACAGGCAGUAAAGGAAGGUUAAGUACAUGUCACUCCAAAGCAGCCUGAGCAAAGUAAAGUCAGAAAGGAGCUCUCCAUGGUUUUAUUGCCGUACUCUUUAGAUGUAGCAGACAUUUUGAGUGGCUAUCAUUAUUGUUGUACACACUCCUAUAAGCUAAAAGCCCAUUUAGUUAUGUUGAGCAGGAGGUCGUUGUAGGACAUGCAUAUGCUUAUGACGACUGGGCUUGCAGUACAUAUUAUUUUUUGAUUUUCAGUUGUUUCAGGUUUAUUAUUUCCAUUUUUUAUAAUCCCGAAACUCUGAUAUUUACAGCAACUAGACUGAGCCAGGGUCAGAAUCACAGUCACGUGAUAACAUCUGAAGCAAUGUUAACUGUGCAUAUGGCGCCUCCCAGUGACAACAAAUGGAACUGAACUAGUGAAUAAUUUGCGUGGUUUUGCAUAGAGUUACAUGAAAAAUACAUUCAAAAUGUAUUUAACUGUAGGUCUACCCAAAAUAUCAGUCAUGAUUCAGUUUUGUCGUGCUUUUUUAUGUUUUUCAGUAAUUUUUGUUUGCUUUCUUUUUAUUUGUCUCCCAUUUUAUCAAUUUGCCUUCAAGUGUAGCACUUUACAGUUUUGAUCAUUGCCGGCCCUCACUAUGGUUUUUAAGGGCUUGAGCCGAAACAUUAACACGUCUGAGGCUGUUGACUGAAGAACAGUUUGUCAUUGACUGUAAAGCAAACCAGCACAAACUUCAUACAAAGAGCCCUAGCCAUUCAAAUCCAUUAUUGUUGCUACACAAUUUGUCAAACACAGCUACUGAAAUGCAGAUUUUGUUGACUUGCAUAACGUACCAGACUGAUAAGUGCCAUGUAUUAGAUGUGUGAGUGUUGCAAAGAAUGAUGCUCGCGUCACUGUAACUGUAAAAAAAAAACAGGAGGUUACCGAGAGACAGUUUCCUGUGCCAAAACCUUUUUUUUUCUAAUCUUUUUUUCCCUCUCAUCGAUCAAUAUUUCACUCUUCACAAGGACAUAGUCAAUGACAAAACAAGUGCCAAGCAAGCAUGAUACAACCCGUACUGUAAUUUCCAUUUUGCCACUGGCUACUUUCCAUCAGUGACUGAUAAAGUUGGUUGAUUGUAGCACCCUGUGUGCCAAUCUGACCCGACUGUCUCUGGUCCUUUUUUUGAAAACUCCUGGUCAAACAGUAGCUGAAACUGAUGUUGUCUUAAACAGUGAUGUGGGUUUGUGUGUGUGUGAAUGACGCGGUUUAUUUUUUUUGAAUGUAUUUACUAAGAGAGAAGGAAAAAAAACCAAAGCACUUUGUAUGGUACUUUUACAGUUCUGCACUUCCAGUACAGUUGAACAUGUAUAAUGUGACUGUUUCACUGUUUUUUCUGUCGGCUAAAGGCCUGGUGAUCGAGUGGAACAGCACAGGCUGGACCACUACAGCUCUUAUAGUCGGAUGUUGGAGGGACUGAAGUUGUUUUUUGCUCUUUUUAUAAGUGACUGUACAAAAACAUGGAUUUCUGUGGAAAUGAAUGACGUCGGCUGCAGGACGAACGUGAGGAGUAUAUACACAAAACUUACCCUGUGGAGAAACUUUAUUUUAUUUUAUUACCGUGAAACAAAAAUAACUCAUGUUUUAAUGUAUGAAUGAGAUGAACUUUUUUUUUCUUUUCUUUAGACGCCUUAUUUUUAAUUUUGGUAGUAGAUGUGUUCACUGACAUGCUGGAGUAUAAAACACGUGCAAUCCCUUCUGUAGGAACUCAAGGAUGCCUUCACCAUUAAGGACUAUUUAACAGAAGCGUAACCAGCACAACAUGCGAAGGUUCAGUCUGUGUCUCUGUGUGUCACUAAUUGUCUGAUUUUGUACAUUUUCCUCACAGUGCUUCGUGUACAGUUUAUUUAUUAUUUCUUUAUUAUCUGUCAGAAACAAUGGGGCAGUCAACUUUCUUUUUGUCUGAGGUUUAGUGCUCAUGUGUAGCUCGACGCGUGAGAAAGUCAAACAGGACAGAUUUCAACUAUUACUUCAACUAUUUUUUCCUCCUCAUUUAAUUUUCUCUAUCUUUGCGAGUAACAUUAUACAUAAGCAAAAAUGAUCUGUUUCACGUUUUUUCUUGUUUAAAAAAUAGUUGAGUGACAGAUUUCCAUCUUGGUUUUUCUGAAACACCUCGGAAGACAUCUUUUCCUCGUCGUUCUCUGUUUUCAUUGAUCCACUCAGAUCAUGUAUUCAUAAAGGAUCGUACAGUCAAUGUGCCGAUCCAAGACUUCUUGGAUUCAUAGUGAAGAUUAAUUCAGUCAGACAGCCUCAACAGUCAUCCUUGAUCAGUAUUUCUUUUCCCAGAGAUGUUAUGAAUAUGGGUUGUGAACCAAGACUGCAGCUUUGACAAUCCAAACUCUGCUGUUUAACUGCGAGAGGGUUAGCCCUCUCUCCAACUAGAACUGUAUGCCUUGCCAAUAAAGGAAAAGGUUCUCACUCUU